UGCGACGGGCACACUCGCGGCCGAAUCAACACGUCAACGCGGCGACUCGACUCGUUUUAUUAUAAACCGCACUCGAAUUUCACGUUGUGAAUUGAAUAAUUAACAAUUAUUUGCUCUGCUGAAUAAAAGUCGAUUGGCGAGUGGAAGAAGAGUCGCGAAGGACAGCUGGAAGCGACGAACAAAACGGGACACACCAUGAAACUCGUGCUCUUACUGAGCGCCCUGCUGGCGGGGAUUGCCCUUUCCCAGGGCGCCGCCGUGAUGUCCGUGGAUUUGGGCAGCGAGUGGAUGAAAGUGGGCGUCGUUUCGCCCGGAGUGCCCAUGGAAAUCGCCCUGAAUCGCGAGUCGAAGCGCAAAACCCCGGCGAUCCUGGCCUUCCGCGAUGGCGUGCGAACCAUCGGCGAAGAUGCCCAGACCAUCGGGAUCAAGGAUCCCAACUCGGCCUACGGUUAUCUGCUGGAUUUGCUGGGCAAGACCAUAGAUAAUCCCAUUGUGGAUUUGUAUAGGAAACGCUUUCCCUACUACAAUAUUGUGGGCGAUCCGGAGCGCAACACUGUGGUUUUCCGCAAAAGCGAAACCGAGGAGUUCUCCGUGGAGGAGCUGGUGGCCCAAAUGCUGGUCAAGGCCAAGCAAUUUGCCCAGGAGUCCACACAGCAGCCAAUCACCGAGUGCGUGCUCACAGUGCCCGGCUAUUUCGGGCAGGCGGAACGAGAGGCUCUGUUGUCGGCCGCCCAGUUGGCCAAUCUGAAGGUGCUCCAACUGAUCAACGACUAUGCGGCGGUGGCCCUCAACUAUGGCGUCUUCCAUCGCGGCGAGAUCAACGAGACGGCGCAGUAUUACCUCUUCUACGACAUGGGUGCCUACAAAACGUCAGCGGCUGUGGUCAGCUAUCAGCUGGUGAAGGACAAACAGACCAAGGAGAUCAAUCCGGUGGUGCAGGUCCUGGGCGUUGGCUAUGAUCGCACCCUGGGCGGUCUGGAGAUUCAGUUGAGGCUGCGCGAUUACCUGGCCAAGGAGUUCAAUGCCCUCAAGAAAACGAAGACCGAUGUGACCACCAGUCCGCGUGCUCUGGCCAAACUUUUCAAGGAGGCGGGACGCUUGAAGAAUGUCCUGUCCGCCAAUACGGAAUUCUAUGCCCAAAUCGAGAAUCUUCUGGAGGACAUUGACUUCAAGCUGACCGUGUCGCGUGAGAAACUGGAGCAAAUCUGCGAGGAUCUCUGGCCCAGGGCCACCAAGCCAUUGGAAGAGGCGCUGGCCUCGUCGCACCUCAGCUUGGAUGUGAUCAAUCAGGUGAUACUGUUCGGCGGCGGCACACGAGUGCCACGUGUCCAGGAGACGAUCAAGGCACUCAUCAAGCAGGAUCUGGGCAAGAAUCUGAACGCCGAUGAGUCCGCCACCAUGGGUGCGGUUUACAAGGCAGCCGACCUGUCGGCCGGCUUCAAAGUGAAGAAGUUUGUGGUCAAGGAUGCCACGCUGUUGCCCCUGCAAGUGUCCUUCGAGCGGGAUCCCGGCGAUGGUGCGGCCGUCAAGCAGGUGAAACGUGUCCUGUUCGCCCUGAUGAAUCCCUAUCCGCAGAAGAAGGUCAUCACCUUCAACAAGCACACCGAUGACUUUGAGUUCUAUGUGAACUAUGCCGACCUGGAUCGCUACAGCAAGGAUGAGAUCGCCGCCUUGGGCAGCCUGAAUGUGACCAAAGUGCAGCUGAAGCAGGUGAAGGAGCUGCUGGAGAAGUCGAAGAAGGAGUCGGUGGACAACAAGGGCAUCAAGGCCUACUUUUACCUGGACGAUUCCGGCAUUUUCCGCUGCACGGGCGUGGAGUAUGUGUACGAAAAGCAAAAGCCCGAGGAGGAUGCCGAUGAGGACAGCACCCUGUCCAAGCUGGGCAGCACAUUGAGCAAGUUGUUCGCCAAGGAGGGUGACGACAAGAAGGAGGACCCCGAGCAGGUAGAGGAGCCAACCAAUGCUGGCGAAGAGCCGGCAUCCAAGACCGAGGACAGUGAAAAGCCCAAGGAGGAGGAGGCCAGCAGCAAGGAGCAAAAGUCUGAGGAGAAUGGCAAACAGGAGGCCGAGGCCAAGAACGACACCAUCAAGCUGAUGACGGUCAAAUCCCCUGUGACCUAUGAAUCGCAGACGCAAUUCACCAUUCCACUGACCGGUUCUGCGUACGACAUCUCCCUGGCCAAACUGGCGGCCAUCAACAAGGCGGAGGAGCAGCGUGUCCGCUUGGAAUCCGCCUUCAAUUCUUUGGAGGCCCACAUCAUCGAGGUGCAGCAGAAGUUGGAAGAGGACGCCUAUGCCAAAUGUGUGACCGACGAGGAGAAGGAGAAACUGCUGGCCGAAUGCAGCACUUUGGGUGAAUGGCUGUACGAGGAUCUCGAUGAUCCCAAGGCGGAGAUCUACGAGGAGAAGUUGGCACAGCUGAAGAAGCUGUCCAAUGUCUUUUUGGCCCGUCACUGGGAGCACGAGGAGCGACCGGAGGCCAUUAAGGCACUGAAGGGCAUGAUUGAUGGCGCCGAAAAGUUCCUGGUCACCGGACGCAAUCUCACCAAGGACACGAAUCCCGAAAAGGAUGUCUUCACCCAGGUGGAGAUCGAUACGCUGGCCAAGGUGAUAACCGAAACGAACGCUUGGCUGAAGACGGAGACGGCGGCCCAGAAGAAGCUGGCCAAGAAUGCCGAUAUCCGGCUGACCGUCAAGGAUAUUACAGAUAAAAUGAGCCUGCUGGAUCGCGAGGUCAAGUAUUUGGUUAACAAGAUCAAGAUCUGGAAGCCCAAGGUGAAGCCCGCCGCUGAGAAGGAGAAGAAGAACAAGGCGGAGGGAGAGGAGGCCACAUCCUCCAGUGGCAGUGGCGAUGGCUCCUCCAAGGCGGAGAACACCGAGGAGCAGCAGGACCAGCAGGAGCAGCCAGAGAAGGAGAAGGUGCAGCAAGAGCCUGUGGAGGAGAUCACUCCAACGCCCACAGAGCAGGAGGAGGAGGCCAAGACCCCGCACAGUGAGCUGUAAGAAGAAGAAGCAUCCAGGAGCAUCCGGAGCAGCAGGAAGCCAAGUGCCUGUCUUAGGAUUCGAGGAAGGAUUCAAAUCGGGGGAUUUAACGGGGGGAAAAAGACGGCAAAUGGUCACGAAACGCGGGGGCGUCUUAAUUUCUAUGAUUUUUUUUAGCUAAAGACGGGGUUAAAUUAUGCUACUUCUAAUCUAAAACAAAAAAGAAAAAAAACACACAAAAACCACACACAAAUAAUGUAAACCGUAACUAAACUAAAUGUAAAAAAAAAAAAACAUUUUCCAUUUUCCAUACCAUUCCGCAUAGGAAAUACAAGACUUGAAGAAGUACUCACACACGAUCCCCUUCUAUAUAUCCAAAAUAUCUUAUUGAUCGUAGCGAAAGUAGCGAAACGAAUUGGGCGGGGAGCGGAGUUAAGAUCGUAAUAAAUCUGAAAUCGUACAGAGCGAAAGAGAAGCGAAUAAAAUUUGUAUUGUAUUGUAAA